AUGGACAGCGAUGUGGAUUUUUUGAACAUGUUCCCAGAGCCCGAAAUUUCCCCCAGAAACUGGACAUGUCCGAACUGUGCAGAGGACGCUUCUGGGAGCGACGAAAACGAAAAGCGUAGGCUUGAGAAUUCUGCAUCACCUGAACCCUGGACGAAAGAAGCAGAGCACGCAUUUACGACGAUGUCCAACGCGUUAAGGGAAGGGUCAGAUCCUGCCAAAGCUACGGUUUCUGACAUGAGGCCGCCAAUUUGGCGGAACCCAUUCCUCAAAACCACAGCGGACAAUCAGGUAAACAGGAAUGCUGGACAAAUCGACGCUCAUCAGCUUCCUGUCUCGGAUGAAAAACCUGGGUCUAGCACUGUUGGCGAUUUUGUUAACAAAUUUUCGAUCGAUUACGGCGCUUCUGCCUCCGCAGAUAUCGGCCAAGCACGACAUGGUGACUUGGCUCGGGCCAUCGAAGCGGCAACUGACUCAGGAUAUGGCUCUCAACUAGCAACAGGGAGUCAAAAAGGCUUGAUCGAGUCUCAUGCUGUAGAUGCCCAAUACGAGACUGAUGCGGGCUUCGACGGCACUGCAACAGAAUAUUCAGAUACCUCGAGUGUUGCGACUUGGAAAAAAGAAAGCUAUAUCGAGGAAUUCGUCGAUGACUUGGUAGCUAGAGUCCGUGAACUGCAACCAGAUGAAGAGACACUGGACAGAAUCUCGGCGCUUCUCCCGGAUUUAUUGAAAGCCUUCGCUCUACGAGUAGGAUACAACGCACCAUCUCGAAUGCAUCGUGAUGUUAUGUAUUUCAUUCACAAAUAUCGAGGGAUGAUCUCAAGCAACUUUAAGGAAAAAAGUCUGCACCGAGGAGAUGACACAUCUGACGGAACACCGUUGCCCAGCGAAGGCGAUCGAAUUCCACUCCAAGACCUGAUGAAGUCCUGGUUCUCCUCUCUGAGUAAUGUUGAGAUCAGGCCCGAAAAUGAGUCUCGGGAUCCCAUUAUCAGAUCCGACGACUCAGACCUAGAAUCUCAGGCAUCCGCCCAUACUGACACAUCUCAAGACGUGACUGAAGGAGACAAUGACGCUUGGCUUCGCAGCUAUCGUGAAUUUAUUCGUAACUCUGAGGUUUUCCAGUGGCUUCUCGGCCGCCUAUACGUUGAGUCUAGCUUGGUGGCGGCAGAGCCAAGAGCCAUGGAAGCCAUUAGGGCCAAGAUCAUAUCAUCACUCCGCCCAUCCCAGCGGAUUAGCAGGAAUGCAUCUUCCGAGCGCUUCAAUGCUUCAUUUUGUGUUGGCUGGGACCCAUCUGGGUUUUUACAAAGCCAAGAGUAUGGGCUUAACGCGGCCCAGGUUACUUCACGAAUCAUCACACUCACGGGAUCGGAAAAUGAUGCGCAAGCCUUGACGUGCUCACAGUACCUGAGUCAAACGUGGCCUACAACGGGCUCAUUGACCUUGAAAGUGAUAAAAGCCGUUCUACAUAAUGAUCCAAACAACCUGCAACAUUGCACCUACCCGGAUGGAACGACACUGGAUGCAAUAUUACACAAUUCAGUGUUUACCACUCAAGUUACUGGAGUUGCAGACUCUAUAGCGGAAAUCGGGGAGCAAAUCGCAUGGAUAUCGGCUUCUCUUCGUGCGUCCGACCUCUCUAACGGGCUUCUCCACUGCACGCCAGUUAUUGCCCGAGUCAGUGGGAGUGGUCCAAGGCUCCAGGCUUUACAAUCAAAAUCCCGUCCCAGUGUCACUUUCGAUAUCGAAAUCCUUUCGGAGGAGGUCCCAAGACCAGUGAACCUCGAGGAUGGUCAAUGCUGGCACAACAUGUUCCUCAACCCCGUGGUUGUCAAAGGAUAUCCAAUUCGACGAAAGGCUGAGAAGAAUAGCGGCGUAGAGAUGACGCUAGACAUCAUGGCUGGUUUGUCACGCACAAAUGUGGUGGACGAGUUCAAAGGCAUGACAUUUAUCAAGGGAUUCUCCACCAUGCUCGUCCCAACCCAAAAGGUCGGAGAGACCAUUCUAUGGCAUCUUGUUUACAAUGAGGAUGGCACUCGAAUAUCAUUCAAAGACCAUAACUUGCCUCAUAUCGAACGCGUUAGUAGCCUGGAACUUGCCAAUUUCCGGCAUGUUGUCGGUUGGUGUUCCGAAGCACGCUUCUUCCCAGGAUCUUCUCAAUGCAAUUAUACCAUUGGCGCCUCGGGGCUUCCUAAGCCUCAUCAAGGCUGUGCUUUGGCAAAUCUCUUUGUAUCUCCAGGAAGGUGCAUAGUGAGCAACGCAUUAUACAGCUUGGGGAAAAAAGACACCCCGGUUCAUGUGGCACGCAACGGCUACAUACCGAAGCUUCAGUGGCUUUCCACUAAACUUGUCCUAUUAUGGGACGAGCAGGAUAAGCGUGGAUGGCUUAUCAAUGGCACCAGUGCGCUGUUAUACCUCGUCAGGAGCUCCUUGGAACAUAACAGUCGCGACAAGUUCAGGUCUGCGUUUAUCUUUAAGAAAGAAGAUCUCAAAGAGUCACCAAAUCCCUACACCGCAGACUCGGCAAACGACGUCUUGAUUAACGAGGAAAAUUGCGCCCUCAAGUUGUACAAAGAAAACAACCAUUUUCUGCUCCUCCAGGGUCGCAUAGAGCAUUAUUUCAACAUCUUGGAGAAACUCAUAGAUCAUCAAUCUGACAUAAGUGAGGAUAGUGAAGUCAAUAUGCAAGAUAGAACACGAGGGGAUCUUGAGGGCUGGGACUUCAAAGACCUCGCCACAAACCGAGAUCCGCUAUAUCCCCGGGUAUCUCACCUUGAAGCCAGCGGCAAAGCGUGGGUGGACUUCGCCCGCUCUGCGCAAGUGAUCACACUUUUUGGAAAGGGGUUCGGGGAGCUCAUUCAGCCGGUAGGCAGAGACAUGUGUGAGUAUUGGUCAGAGUUGCCUAAGCAAAACUACUACAUUGCCGCAUGUCUUUCAGACCUGGAUCUAUGGGUGGAGAAUAACGACCAUUAUAACGACGACCAGGUCAGGCUGACGGACAAGAUCAUUUGGCAUACGCCGUCCUCCUAUCUCUUCGGUUCAUGUCGAUGCGUCGGAUCACUGGGUCCAGAUCACUGCGAACCAGUGCAGACACUGGUGCCGGUAUCAUUGUCUCAUGUACUACUCCCAAGAAGGGUCCCAAUUCCUUCUCAAGGUCGUGGGGCAGUGAUUUUCGGACAGCACUCUGCGUUCGGCUGGGUUUGGGGUGACUAUGGUGACCCCGAGUACGGGAAGCUGUCAUCUCAUCAUUCAUCAAAAGGAUCAGAGGCAGGCUCAUCUUUCGCAGAUAGCGGGAUCAGCCUAGAACGCAGCAAGUCAACACUCUCUCGUGAAAGCAGUACUCCGGAACUUAAGAGGCGCCUGGCUGAGCUCGAUUAUGAUAAUGGCAGUGUCAUGGCAAACUCAUUUGCCUCAAUGGGCGGAUAUUAUGAACACGGCCUGCGAGACCCCAUGAAUUAUACUGUCGGGAUACUUUGCGCACUUCCGAAGGAGUCUCUAGCCGUUAGGGCGCUGUUUGAUAAGUGCAAUGGCAAGCCUGAUCUUUCCUUUGGGGACAGCAACCACUACUCUCUGGGGCAAAUUGGGAAACACAUGGUAGUCGUAGCCUGCCUGCCUGAAGGCGAAUAUGGAACCAAUCCGGCGGCAGAGUCAGCUUCAAAUAUGAAGCGGAGUUUUCCAGGCAUCCAGUUCUGUCUCUUAAUCGGCAUUGGUGGUGGUGCACCAUCUGAGCAGAAUGACAUUCGACUAGGAGACGUGGUUGUAAGCAAGCCGACCAAGACGUUUCCAGGCGUAAUCCAAUACGAUCGCGGCAAGGCAAAUGAGAAUAACGACUUCCAGUUGACAGGUGCUUUGCAACGGCCACCUCGGUUUCUCAUGACAGCGGUCAGUUCCCUUUCGUCAGACCCAAACCUCCCUUCUGAUCCUCUUGAACCGUACCUUCAAGAGAUCAUACAACGAGUUCCUGGCCCAAAGAAAUUACGAUAUCAACAUCCCGGGCAGGAAUGUGACGAGUUAUUCGACGAAAUAUGCUCCAAGUGCCAAGUCCAAGAACAUUGUCUUAAUCGAGAGAGGCAUAUUAGGCGUAGAACACCCCGACCUAACAACAGUCCCGAGAUACACUAUGGCCUGAUUGCCUCUGGUAAUACGGUAAUCAAAGACGCCCAGGUUCGAGACCAAUGGGUGAAAAAAUACGGUGUGAUGUGUUUCGAGAUGGAAGCCGCAGGUGUCAUGAACACAUUCCCAUGUCUUGUUAUUCGAGGGAUCUGUGACUAUUCGGACUCGUAUAAGAAUGAAAAAUGGCAGGAGUAUGCUGCAGCGACGGCAGCGGCCUAUGGCAAACUUCUCUUGAACGAAGUUUCUCCGUUCAGUCUCAGCUAUAGUCCGAGCUCGGAACUGAAGCACAGGACGUAUGAAUACCUAGGUCCUGAAGAUGGCAUGGCAAAACGACGAAGAUUAUGA